AUGAAGUUCUCAACUCUUGCACUAGGAAGCGUCAUUGCUACCGCCAACGCAGCCGUUCUAGGCGAUCGCUCUCAGUUCAAAGAGCGCGCUGCCAAUGCUGUUGUUGGCACACCAGAAGGUUUUGCGUCAGGAACGACUGGAGGAGGAAGCGCUGCUUGUUUAGUUCCCUCCAGCGUAGCUGAGCUGAAGACAUGGCUCACUGACAGUACUGCUCGUUGCAUUGUGCUUGACAAGGAAUACAACUUCAAGGGCACAGAGGGCACCACGACUGAGACGGGAUGCCGGCCAGCCUCUAACACGUGCCCAGGCAACGGCGGUCAGGAUGCCAUCAAUAAAGCCUCGUGGUGCACCAAUGGAAAUGCAGGUGCUGGUGUCACGUCUAUCAGCGUGACUUACGAUACUGCUGGUGUUUCAGGAAUUAACGUUGGCUCUAACAAGAGCAUCAUUGGCGUUGGAUCGAAGGGUGUCAUCCGCGGGAAGGGUCUCCGUAUGGCGAAUGGUGCGAAGAACGUCAUCAUUCAGAACAUUCACAUUACGGAGCUCAACCCUCAAUACAUCUGGGGCGGAGAUGCCAUUACUGUAGAUGGCUCUGAUCUGAUCUGGGUCGACCACGUCAAGGUCUCCCUCGUCGGCCGCCAGAUGUUUGUCGCUGGUAACUCGGCUUCUAACCGAGUGACACUUUCCAACAAUGAGUUCGAUGGCACAACUAGUUGGUCCGCCUCGUGCGACGGUCAUCACUACUGGACUAUCCUCCUAGUUGGAUCCAACGAUCUUAUCACCAUGAAGGGCAACUACAUCCACCACACCUCUGGUCGCAGCCCUAAGGUUGGUGGCAACACCCUCCUCCAUGCCGUCAACAACUACUUCUAUGCGAACACUGGCCAUGCUUUCGACAAUGAUGCCGGUGGUAUGGUUGUUGCUGAAGGCAACGUGUUCCAGAAUGUCGUAACGCCACUUCUUUCCAACUCCGGAAAGUUCUUCGGUUCUCCAUCAACAACUACGAACACUGCUUGCACCACUAACUUGGGACAUGCAUGCCAAUUGAAUGCCUUUGGCAGCUCCGGCACACUUGGUGGUACGGACACGAGUUUCUUCAGCAAUUUCAGUGGCAAGACUGUCGCUACCGCUUCUACAGCGAGCGCAAACAUUGCAAACACUGCCGGCGUUGGAAAGAUCUAG